CUGAUGGGAUUGAAUCUCCUGGCUUAUUCCGUCCUUGUUGAGGCUUUGGAAAGUCAAGGCCUCUAUAAUGUCCAUGUUUGCGCCCCUCAAUCGGAUAAAUCUGGUUCGGGUCAUUCUGUCACUCUCCAAGAAACAAUUGCUGUAAGUUCAGGUGAAAUAAAUGGCGUCACAGCUUAUGAAGUGUCGGGGACUCCUGCGGACUGUGUCUCCUUGGCAUUAUCUGGUGCCCUUUUCUCUGGGUCAAAGCCACUGCUGGUAAUUAGUGGAAUUAACCGGGGAUCAAGCUGUGGCCAUAACAUGUUUCACUCAGGUGUUGUUGCUGGAGCUAGAGAGGCUUUAAUUUGUGGAUUACCAUCUUUGUCUAUAUCACUGAACUGGAAGAAGGAUGAAAGUAAGGAAGGUGAUUUUAAGGAUGCAGUUGCUGUAUGUUUACCUUUAAUACAUGCAGCUAUCAGAGACAUUAACAAGGGAAUUUUCCCCAAAAGUUGUUCUCUUGAUGUGGAGAUUCCAACAUCUCCCUUGACAAAUAAGGGUUUUAAAGUAACCAAACAAAGUAUGUGGAGAUCCAGGCUGAACUGGCUUGCUGUUUCAACUAACCGGCACCCUUCUGCUGGACAUUUCAUGUCCAAUCAACAAAGCCUCGGCAUUCAGCUUGCGCAGCUGAGUCGAGAUGCCUCUGCUGCUGGUGCAGCUCGUCGUGUGACUACUCAGAGGAAGAAUGUAGAAAUUGAAUCAGUGGGGGUUGCUGGAAAACCUGAUAACAAUCGUGUGAAAAAGUACUUCCGUCUGGAGUUUGUAGAUAAGGAACAGGAAGAUGUAGAGGAAGAUUUGGAUUUCCGGGCACUUGAAGAUGGAUUUGUUGCCAUAACUCCAUUGUCACUUAUUCCUCAUGUUGAGUCGGACGUUCAAGGGGCAACGUCAGAUUGGAUCUCCAGUGCACUUGGUGGGGAGCAAGAAGCCUGAGGCUGGGCAACGUCAGAGCUCUUGUAUGCAGUUGCAUUAACCUAGUGAAUCAAUUGAUUUGUGGUUUUUUCAUCACUCUGUGGGUUUUGUGUCUAAUCUGUUGUUGAUUUUCAUUUUAUUAGUUCUUUUGGGAGGUUUAUAAUAUUGGAAGCUUGGGUUGGGUUGGUUUGUUGUAGUUUGACAGGAAAGGUAUAGGAAAUGGCCGGGUCCCAAAUUUGUAUUGUAUGGCUCUGUGCUUUUCCUUGGCAUUCCUUUCUUGGUGCUGUACUGUAUGUAUGUAUGUAGCUUUCUUUUUUACUUCACAUUCUAAAUAAUACUUUGUUUGUUUGUUCA